AUGGAUACAGACGAUAUGGUCGUGGACAGACCGCUGUCUCCACGCGCAAAACUACCCCCGAUUGAUGUAGAACAACUUACGAGGGGAUCUCAAUACUCGAGACACAACUCAAUUGACCAGGAUAUCGAUUACCAAUUUCCUGCACCACAACCCGCGCCUUUAGACUCAAUACGCCCGUCGAGACCAAAACACAGUAUACCACAUACCCGAGUGAAGCGUCUAUCCAAUGCGAACAAGAGCAGUAUGCCUGCCGGUGUCCUUCCCUCCGCUCCCGCCUCGCCUCCCACUCCUGCCCCUUCGCCGACCCCUUAUCAGAGAGCCCCAAGCUGGAACUCAGCUAGUGAGAACGAGGACUCCUUCCUUCGAGAUGCUAGAAGUCAUUUCGCCAGUCUGAAUGCUGGGGAGAGGCAGCGUCAUCUUGCCGAGCUGCUGAAUAUGUGCGAUAGCAACUUGCUGAGCUUUGUCCACCAUUUUGUUUCUCCCAGGUUGAAGAAAGACCCUUUCGAGCACUUACCCGAUGAACUAUGCUUAAGAGUCCUUUCCUUUAUCGAUGACCCGCGAAGUCUGGCCCGUGCCUCCCAGGUCUCUCAUCGCUGGCAUAAGCUUCUCAAUGACGACAUGCUCUGGAAGAACAUGUGUGACAAACAUGCGUACAGAAAGGCUUCGAAUGCAUUGGAGGAGAUUGAGCCUUUAUACUUGCCACAAGCCGCUCGAGGUCCUUACAAUUUCACGAACCGGUCGCCAAAGCGGUCCCUCGAUGGUAGCUUCGUCGGUCCCUCCAACAGUGCCCCGAAUUUGGCACUCCAUACCAGCGAGAUUCCGUCCAGCCCUCGGUCGAAAAAGAGACAGUCACAGACAUACCAUCACCAGUUCCGCCGUAAGUACAUGAUUGAGGCUGCGUGGAGGAAGGGAGGCGACUCGAUCAUCAAGCAUAUUACUCCAGAUCAAGGCGUGGUAACAAGUUUACACCUAACCGACAAGUACAUUGUGGUCGCCAUGGACAAUGCCAAGAUACAUGUCUUCAACACUGUUGGGGAGCAUCAAAAGACGCUGAAGGGCCAUGUCAUGGGUGUUUGGGCGAUGGUCCCGUGGGAUGACAUUCUUGUCAGUGGUGGCUGCGACCGAGACGUCCGUGUCUGGGACAUGUCUACUGGCAAGAGCAUUCACACUCUCCGAGGCCACACAUCCACUGUCCGAUGCUUGAAGAUGUCAGACGCCAACACAGCCAUCUCCGGCUCCCGAGACACCACGUUACGUAUCUGGGAUAUACCCACUGGUAUGUGCAAAAACGUCCUGGUCGGCCACCAAGCGAGCGUCAGGUGUCUGGCUAUCCACGGUGACAUGUGUGUGUCUGGCAGCUACGACACAACGGCUCGCGUGUGGAGCAUCUCUGAAGGCCGAUGCCUGCGAACUCUUACAGGCCAUUUCAGCCAGAUAUAUGCGAUUGCGUUUGACGGCCAGAGGAUAGCCACGGGUAGUCUCGAUACCAGCGUCAGGAUAUGGGAUCCUAAGACUGGCAUGUGCCAAGCCAUCUUACAGGGACACACGUCUCUGGUUGGACAACUACAAAUGCGCGGCAACACUCUUGUCACCGGCGGUUCUGACGGCUCAGUCCGGGUUUGGUCUCUCCAGAAGAUGACGCCUAUUCAUCGUCUAGCAGCGCACGAUAAUAGUGUUACGAGCCUGCAGUUUGAUGACAACCGCAUCGUCAGCGGAGGCAGCGACGGACGAGUCAAGAUCUGGAGCGUAGAGACAGGUCAGCUUGUGAGAGAAUUGAGCCAGCCUGCCGAAGCCGUAUGGAGGGUGGCUUUUGAGGAAGAGAAGGCAGUGAUCAUGGCUAGCCGCUCCAACAGAACAGUGAUGGAGGUGUGGUCGUUCUCUCCUCCUGGAGAAGGAUCCAUUUCGAGGUCCGAAACCCCAUUGAGCCUUCCAGACAAGGACAUCGAGGAAGACUACCGAAUGUCCAGGAUCGAGGCUGCAGGUGAAAGCAGCGACGUGCAGAUGCGCGACUGA